AGUCAAGAUUAUCCCGUUAUUGAUGAAUGAUUUCCAAUCUUGCAGACACAUUAAAAUCUCUCAACUGAAAACAUAGAUUUGUCAUGAAGCUCUCACAAUCAUCUACCAACUUAACAAACUAGUUCUCUAUUUUAUAUUUGAAGUAGCCGAAACUUCUCCAUUCAUCAGUUCACUUUCUGAUAUAAAUGAAGAUUAUUGUCUGUUUUAUAAUCGUCAUAGCCUCAAACGUUCGAUGUGAUUUUGACCCGACUCAACAUCCCAAUUGGCAUCUGGUCAAUGAUAAGCAAUGUGGUCUUCAGCCGGCUCUGAGAAUAUUUGGUGGGCAAGAUGCCAGCUUGGGAGAGUUUCCUUGGAUGGUUGUUGUAAUUUCUGAUAAGACAGAUCUCGUUACUGGUCAGACCAGCCCUUUCCAAUGUGGUGGAUCUAUAAUAAGUGAGAAAUACAUCCUUAGUGCUGCGCACUGCUUCAUUGAUUUAAUGCAUGAUACUUCCAACAUACGAUUCAGAGUCGGCGAUUAUGACUUAGCCAGUGAACCUGAUUGUGACGUCAACGGUGUCUGUGCACCAAACUCUAUUGAGUACCUAGCUUCCGAAGUUAUCAUACAUCAUGAGUACAUACCACAUGAUAAUUUCUCUUAUCAUUCUCAUGCAGAUCUAGCUUUGGGCAGAGUUGAUCAAGGAUUCGUUUUCACAGAUUUUGUGUUACCAAUCUGCUUGGAGUAUGGAUAUUUACUUCACCAGAAUUAUGGUGGCCUGGUAGCCCAGACUAUUGGUUGGGGGGCCUAUCGUAGAAGCCAAGAUGGUAAAUUCGAGUACCCGACUGUACUACAGAAAAUCUCGCUGGAGGUGUUCGACCAGCCGAACUGCACGCGAGCACUGUCUAUUAGUCCAGACUUUCCAUCUGUCAUUCCAGAAUGGCAGAUUUGCGCCGGGACUCAAAACCAAUACUCCUCUCUCGGCGAUUCGGGAAGUCCCAUGUUCAUCGUGAAAUCUGUCCAGGGUGACAUUCCGAGGCAGUUUCAGAUUGGUGUUGUUAUAAACGCCGCUCCACUAGGAGACAUCUCCUGGUACGGUGGUAUACGACCCAGUGGGUAUACUAGAGUUGCCAGCUAUCUGCAAUGGAUACUGGAUCAGAUGAGGGACUAGAUGAAA